AAGUAAUCUUCCCAUCUAUCAUUCAAGGAGAGCGUGUGCUUUGUGUGAACAUGUGAGCCGAGAACCUGAUCUAACUUUGUGGAAAGAAGUUCAACGGCAGCUCCUGGCUUCUGCUUGCAGGCUCCUUUUUUUUUCCCCCCUUCCCUUCGCAGAAGCCGUGCAGCACAGAGCUCUCCAGCGAGCAGCCCUCACACUCCCUCCCUCUCCUCUCCCUCCCUCCUUGCCAGCACUCUGAAUCGCCCGGAUCCUGGGAAGCCGAGCUCCCUACUUGAUCUCUCAUUGGGAAAAUGGAUUCCAGGAUGCUGUCAGACCUGCAUUUCUGCAAAAAGAUCUUCGCUGUGGCUUUGUGUGUCUUAGUUCUGCUGGCAGACUCAGGCUGUGCAAGGAAUCUCUGGAAACGAGCUCUGCAUCUGAAAAUGACAGAGAAAUACGAUGAUUAUGAGUACCCUCUUCAUUCUCACAGUGCCCACUACCAGAAGAACGACCGCUGCCCACCGCCGCCCCAGACCUUGCCAGACAGAGCCUGCGAGGUGCCCAGCUGCCGCUCCGACUCCGAGUGCGAGAGGCACAAGCGCUGCUGCUACAACGGCUGCAUCUACGCCUGCCUGGAGUCUGUGCAGCCCCCACCAGUUUUGGACUGGUUGGUUCAGCCCAAACCCCGCUGGCUGGGAGGAAACGGGUGGCUUUUGGAUGGCCCAGAGGAAGUCUUACAAGCUGAGGCCUGCAGCACCACUGAGGAUGGCGAUGAGCCUCUGCAUUGCCCCACAGGGUAUGAGUGCCAUAUCAUCAACCCUGGCAACACAGCUGAAGGAAUCCCUAACAGGGGCCAGUGCAUCAAGCUCCGUGGAAAUCCAGAUGGACGCAACCUGAGGCAUAAGUAUUACAAGGAGUAUUUUGGCAGCAAUUCCAACAAUGUGGUCGGCUAUGUGAAAAACCAGCAGAAGCAUUUGGGUUAAUCAAAAGUAUGCCUGGCUGGACCGCUCUAUUAAGCAUCUUUCAAGGAAUCAUUUACUCAACAGUUAUGUUUUGGAAGAAUUCUAGUCCCAAAUCUCCAUGAGGCCAUCUCCAGCAUUACCCUGAUCCCAGCCCACCAAUGAUAAAGACUUUGAAUUUUCAAGAAACAGGAUGAGUCUAGAUUUUAAGCCUGUCAGCAUGGGGAGGAAUGUGAUCCCUGAAAGAAACCACACCAUUUAUGAGCUGCCUUUCCACUGAAGAAAUGUAAAUACCACGGAGAGAACACCUGCAAACCACAGUGCCCUUGUCAGGCUGCUGGCACACAGCCUGCUCUCUAUGUGUGUCUUAGGUGACCAAUUCAGAUUUCACUACCAACACAACUUAAUAGUAUAAAAAUAUUGAGUAACAUGACAGAAUCAAGAUGAAGACUAACGGAGCUCUCUGCAUCAAGUCCAGUCCCUGCCUAUCUCAGACAACUACUUUACGUGAGUCUUCUCACAAGCAUCAAGAAGCCCGCAGGUUUCCUCUUUCCCUACUUAUAGCUGAAAUCUUAAGGAUGUGCGGAGGCAAGAGAAAAACAGGUUUUUAAAUAUUUUUUUAAGUUACUUUCCUUAAGCUUCUCAGUCUGGUGAAUUGUAGGCUGGGAGCUAAUGAAUAGAUUUCUUUCUGCAGUAUCUAAGAUGUUAGAGACACAUCUGCCAGCCUUUAAAAGUUGUUGUUUUAGCCACCUGAGUUAAUACUCCCAAAUAAUAUGUCUGUCCUUUUGUACCUGCAAAACCUCAGCAGUGGGGCUGAAGUCUGGAUUAUGUGUGCACAUCUUAGAAAAGCAAAAUCAGGAUGAAUACAUGCGUUCAAAAGGAUUGUCUGGCAGAUGGGCUGCUGCUCUCUGGAUGUCCUGUACCUUUAUGUCAAAUCCAUGAGUCCUUAGGGUCAUGUUAUUUGUGUUUUGGCCUUACAGCUUUUUAUAGCUGUUUAGCACUAUGAAAUGGAAAACACAUUUUUUGUUGAUGUUUUCCAUUUCUACGGAUGCUCCUAAAGGGAUCAUAGCAUUUAAUUCUGACAAAUCAGUCAAAAUUGCUAGGCAAAGGAAGGUAUUUUGGCUCCCUUGCUUAGUAUAUGUCCCCAUCUGCAUGCAUAAAAUUAGCAUUUGGAUAUGCAGAAUAGUAGCAGUGUUUAUAAAUACCAAUUCACAAAUACAAGUGCUUGCUUCCUCCCACAAACUGUGAGAUUUUUUCCAUUCACAGAAUGGUUUAAGCUAAAGCUCAGAUGCUUAUAAAACACUUGAUACUUUGCAUAUGACAUUUGCAGCUGGGAGAUGAAAGUUUCCAAACUGCUCUUCGUUUCCUUUUGUAAACAGACGUGUUCCUCAGUGCUUUAUGGAGCAAAAGAACAGAGGAAAGGCUCCACGCUUUCCUCAAUCUCUUCAUUUGUUGAAUUGCUUUCCACUCUCCAUUCCUUUGCUCCGAGCUCUAGUUAUUAAAUGCAACACCACAUUGAGACAGAUCUACUUCUAUAAUUUUAUCCAAGAACACGCUUGAUUUUAGUGGAUGCAUUCACUGCAAUGGUUGUUAUUUUGUAGCAGGAGAAAGCGCAUACCUGACAGCUUUGCUGGAUGAGUUGGUAAAGAUAUUUUUCCAAUUGCAAAGUGUUCCUGGUGAACUUCUGUUUACUGGAUGUUACCAAAGACAUCGCCCUUCCUCGUGGUGCUAUUGUGUUUGCUUCUUCAAGUUAAUUCUUUUCAAGUUAUCAGCUGUCAGACCAGACAGAAGCUCCAGAAGCAGCUUGUAUAAAUGCUGUGUUUUUGAUGGCACUGUCCAUCGUGUUGGAAAGGAAGCACACACCAAAUGAUUGUCUUCAUCUUCUCUUCUCUCCAAAGACAAAUGGCUUAGCAGCAGUUUCACGAAGCUCAGUAGGAAAUAGCGAAUGUAGGUUGUUUUCCUUGUCCCCAUGUACACCUUAAAGCAUGUUUGGUGCUAUGAUCAACUUCACAAGUAUCACUGUGUGCUGGCAAUGCCUGCAGCCUGUUGGAUCCUCACGCAUCACUGCUGACAUUGCUGGAGCUGCUCUGCCCCGUGGGAGCUGAGGACCAGCAGCAGAGCCGGGUAGACCCUUUCCCAUACAUGCAUCCUCUGCUUGAUGGGUGCAGGUUCUGCCACUUUGGUGCUCAAUAAAGACGUGACCAGGAUAUUUUCCA